AUGUCUGGACCGUCUACAGGUAAGCCCCAUGGGUCUCCAUAUAGGUCUUCCAAGGGUAAGGACGGAUCGAAGGGACUGUCAAAGACUUCUAAGCGUUCUGGGCUGCCUGGAAAAAAGCAUGUUUCUUCAGGAUCUAAGGGCAAGAGCACUUUUGAAAGGGCUGCAAGUCUAACUGAACUGACACUGAAAUAUGGAGGGAAGUUUAAAUUGAAGAAACCGUUUCUGAAGGCAGCUGGAGAACCGCCGUUGGAUCACAUAAACACUUAUGGUGCUUCAGAACCCGAGACUUUCCGUUGUGUUAAGUCACCUAUUAGAGAUAACAUUCUGCGUCUUAACCAUGGACUCGAGAAGGUGCUCUUUUCGCCUGGUGUGCAUUUCUUUCAGGAUCCUAGAACUCGAAGGUACAACUUUACGCCUUACUUGUCUAAUAUCGUGAAGUACGAAGAGUUUGACUUUGAUAAGGUGCCUGGGUUCAUCUCUGCAUCCGAAGAUAAGAACCUUUUGGCGAUGGCAUCCAAAGAAGGUGCAAAGUACUUGUCUUCGACGUCUUCAAUGACGCAGACACUUUCAAAAUUCUACCUCUUUCUUAAUGGGUAUGAUCCAGACCCAGAGGCUGAAAACUGUGAAAAGAGGUUCCCAUUCCCCAGGUUCACCAAAACCUUCAGAACGCUUCCAGCGUCACUUAUCGUGCUGCCCAAGGACAUGAGAUCGAAAUCAGAGGAUGCAAUUUAUUCAGUUACGCCAGAUAAGUCUUCUGAUAUUGAGCAUUUGCUUAGUGCCAUGGGUCAUUGCUUAGAGACAUUGCUCACCACCGACGAAGAGGGCUUCAAAAACUAUCUUGUAAAUAAUCCAGGAGUCCCUAACGAGUCAGCAGAGCAGGAGUAUAAUUACAGUUCCUAUGGCAAGUUCAUCAUGCGUUCGCAGCUCGACUGUUACAACCCAAACCUUCCCAAUGGCGGAUCAUUUGAUUUGAAAACUCGUGCUGUUUGUGCAAUUCGCCAUGAUUCGUACCCGCCAGCACCUAGCAACUACCAGAUUUGGCGUAAGGAAGGCGAAUACGAAUCGUUUUCCAGGGAAUACGACGAUUUAAUCAGAACAGGAGCGCUUUUGAAGUACUGUUUCCAAGCUAGGAUUGGCCAGAUGGACGGUAUCUUUUUGGCAUACCAUAACAUCAAGACCUUCUUUGGGUUCGAGUACCUCCCCCUAGAAGAAAUCGACCGUGUGUUCUUCAGCAACAUACGAGUGGAACGCAGAUCUCGUCAGGACAGAAUCGAAGAAGGCCGCAAUACACCACCCGACGAUAAGCUUCCAAGCCAUGUUGCCCAAGUCCAAUUUAAAGCUUCUUUGGAUAUAUGGGCAGCUUUGAUGGAUAAGGUUAUCAACGACUUGAAGCGGAAGGGAUACAAUAAAUGCCCCUUUAGACUUAACGUCACGGUGAAAGACUCGAGUCUCUUUGUCUACGCCGUGCCACUCACGCCCGAGUUGGAAAGAGAAGUGCAAAAGUUCCUGAGAAACUUUAAAACGUCGUUCCGCCAUGACCUCACGCCAGACGAAAGGAGGCAGAACAUUAUCCAUUUUCUGGAAGAGUUGGAUAAGCUCGACGAAAAGCUCGUUACCGAUGUUCCCCUUCUCGCCUACCAAGUCCGUGCCCGUCACUCUUUCGACAACUCCGACGUUGUAGGACGUCAUCCAUACCCUCAAUCCUCCCAGCAACCAUGGAAGAUUGGUUACAGCAUAACACCAUACCGUCUGGCCCAAGACGCCUACGUUGACUACAGUAAGACCAUGAAGAAGGUGACAGAUCUACUCCGGCUCAGGGCAGAACCUGACGAGGUGGAUGAAUCACCUCUGUUUAUUGACGUUCUUCGUUACUUUGGCGAAGUGGGACAACAACGUCAGGACCAGUGGAAACAGCACGAGAAGAAGUUUACGAAGAAUCAUGCCGAAUCUGGAGCACCACGAGACUCUGGUGCACUUGGUGAGGGAAAAAAGUGA